AUGGAGACAGAUCGCAGUUGGAUGUACAGAAGCCACACAAACGGGUUACUAACCACAGGGUACAAGGAUCAUGUGAAGGAGUUUAUCCGGUUUGCAUUACGGCAUCCGAUUUGUAUGAGUGGGGUACAGAUAAAAUGCUCCUGCCCUAAGAGAGGUUGUCGAAAUACAAGCUAUCGGGAUGUCGAUGAGGUGGAAUUCCAUUUAUUGAAGAAUGGGUUCGUGAAAGGUUACCAAGUAUGGGUUUUUCAUGGCGAGGGGAGCGUUUUGAACCCCCCUCCCCUUGCACAGUUAUCAGAGCAGGAUGUUGAGUUCGACUAUGAAAAUGAGGGGCCAGGUGAGUUCAGUUCCGCUCAAAGAAUGAUUCUUGAUGCGGCCGGUCCAGAAAUAACGUUUCCUAAAGAUGAGCUCCCGAAUGCUGAAGCUCAAAAAUUUUAUGAUAUGAUGCGUGCGGCUGAAGAAGACAUAUGGCCUGGGAAUAGCAGACACUCUCCAUUUUCUGCAUCUGCUAAAGUGAUGGAGAUCAAGUGUCGACAUAAGGGUUCAGUAGCUUUAGUUGACGACGUAUGCGGAUUGAUACAGGAGCUGCUCCCGGAGGACAACAAGAUGCCUACGAAUUUUGCUAAAAUUAAGAAGCUGGUCAAAGGACGCGGAUCUAACGCACUGCAAAGUUUGCAAUUAUGCGCGUGGAAACCUGUGACCCACGGAAAAUCCACAAAAAGAAAGGCUAACGUGCCAUAUAGUAAGAUGUUCUAUUUUCCAAUAACUCCGAGGCUACAGAGGUUGUACGCUUCGAAAACAACUGCUCGGCAUAUGACGUGGCACGCAGACCACGAGAUGGAUGGUGAUAAGAUAUGCCACCCGUCCGACUCUCCGGCUUGGAAACGUUUUAGUGAACUGUAUUCUGAGUUUGCUGAUGAAGGAAGAAAUAUCAGAUUAGGCUUAUGCUCCGAUGGGUUUCAGCCAUUUACCAAUUUUGGGCAGCAGUAUUCCUCGUGGCCGGUCAUUUUGACGCCGUACAAUCUCCCCCCAGGCAUGUGCAUGAAGGAUGAGUUUAUGUUUUUAACGGUUUUGGUACUGGGGCCUAGAAACCCGAAACACCUAAUGGAUAUCUUCCUAAAGCCGCUGAUUGCAGAGUUGAACCAACUGUGGGAAUGUGGAGUCCAGACAUAUGACGUUCAUAAGCGUCAGAAUUUUCAACUAAAAGCGGCUCUUAUGUGGACAAUAAAUGACUUUCCCGCUUAUUCUAUGUUGUCUGGUUGGAGCACUGCUGGUAGAAAAGCAUGCCCGUACUGCAUGGAAAACACCGAUACAUUCACACUGGAUAAAAGCGGUAAACAAUCGUGGUUUGAUUGCCAUCGCAAGUUUUUGCCUCCGAAUCACCAAUUCCGUCGAAAUGUUACUGAUUUCCGUAAGGGGAAACGAGAGGUCGGCAAAAGGUUUGCAGGGGUGAGAACUGGAGAUGAACUGUUAGCAGAGAUUGAUCGACUGGGGUUUAAGAAGGAAUUUGAGCCUGGUGCGAAAGUUACUAAUGCAUUACUGUGA